AUGUCCAUUCAACAAUAUGCAUGUCUUGAAGAUGGUUCCUUCAAGCAGGAGAGCAACAAGGACGACGGUGCCGCGAUCACGCCGACGAUGGAGGAGGAAGAGGAGGAGCACCAUCGCCAUGGCGAGCGGCCGCUGCUGUCGGCGUGUGAGCAGGAGGAUGGCAGCAAGCCAUUGCCAUUGCCGGUGAAGAGGAGGAGGAGGAGCAGCAGCCUGAGCAGAUCGUCAAGGUCAGGCGAGCAGGGGCGGGAUGAGGAGGCGCCUGGCCCCGGCCCCGGCGGCGCCGCCCGGUCGCUGUCCUUCUCCAGGCUCUUCAGCAGCUUCAGGAUGAUGGCCACCUCCUCCUCCACCUUGGACAUUGACGAGCUAGCAGCCGCCGAAGACGGAUGCGCGGCUCUCAACCCUCAUCAUCAGCAGCAACAGCCGAAGCCGGUGUGCCGGACGCAGUCGCUGCCGAUGACGAGCAUCUCCAGGAGGCUCCCCGGCAGGAAGCGGGUGGCGGACUCGAGCUCCCUGCGCCGGCUCCGGGUGUCGUCGCUGUCGUCCGCGCCAUUGCCGGAAUCAGCGUCCCCGCCCUCUUCGCCGUCACCGUCGGAAGAAGAGGAGGUGGGGGAGGAGGAGGCGGUGUGCCGUAUCUGCAUGGUGGCGCUGCUGGAGGAGGAGGAGGAGGAGGAGGAAGGAGGGGCAGGUGCAGGGGCCGGCGACGGCGUGCUGAAGCUGGAGUGCCGGUGCAAGGGCGAGCUGGCGCUGGCGCACCGGCGAUGCGCGCUCAAGUGGUUCGGCAUCAAGGGCAACCCCAACUGCGACGUCUGCGGCCACGACGUCCUCAACCUCCCCGUCACCCUCCGCCGCGUCGCCACCCCUCCCCCACCUCCUCCUCGCAUCGCCACCGGCAAUGGCACCGCCGGCGAGCAAGAAGAAAGAGAAAGAAGAGGGUUCAGAGGGGUGUGGCGGCACGGCACGGUGAUCCUGGUGACGGUGAGCAUGCUGGCCUACUUCUGCUUCCUGGAGCAGCUGCUGGUGGGCGACCACGGCAACGCCGCCGCCGCCCUCGCCGUCUCGGUGCCCUUCGCCGUCGUGCUCGGCACCUUCUCCGCGCUCACCACCGCCGGGAUGGCCUCCUCCCGCCGCUACGUGUGGGCAUACUCGGCGCUGCAGUUCCUGCUCGUCGUCCUCUUCACCCACCUCUUCUACCGCUACGUCAACCUCCAGGCCGUCAUCGCCAUCAUCCUCUCCGCCUUCGCCGGCUUCGGCGUCGCCAUCUGCGCUAACGCCGUGCUGCUCCAGGCCGCCCGCUGGAGGGCCGCCGUGGCCGCCCGCCGCCCCCCGCCGCCGUCGUCAGACCUCGGCAUCCCUCAGCCAUAG